AUAUCAAUUUUGCCUUCAUGUCAAGUAUAUUUUGAGUUAAGUUCACAUGCAUGACUGAGAGGUCUCUUUUGUGCUAUCUUAAAGCCACCACUCCAAACUUUAGCAAUGCAUUUCAUUGUCAUUUGUGUGCUUCACCAUAAGCAAAAAAUGAGAAUUAUUUGGCUUUUCUCAAUCACCAUAGUUACUAUCCUCUGCAUUAGAACCAUUCCAGUCUAUAGCCAAUGUUUGGAGGAUCAAAGAUCAUUGUUGCUCCAAUUGCAGAAUAGCCUCAAAUUCAAUCCUGCAAUUUCUGUCAAAUUGGUGAAUUGGACUCCAAGCAAAGAUUGUUGUGAUUGGAAGGGUGUGACUUGUGAUCAAGCCGGUCAUGUUACAGGUCUCGACCUGAACAGCGAAUUCAUCUCUGAUGGAAUCGACCAGUCAAGUAGUCUUUUCAGUCUUCAAUUUCUUGAGAGCCUGAAUUUGGCUAACAACAGCUUCAACUGGAAACAAAUUCCAUCCAGUUUCGGCAACCUUAUUAGUCUGAAAUAUCUGAAUUUGUCUAAUGCUGGAUUUGGUGGGCAGAUUCCGAUUGGAUUGUCAUGCUUGAAAAGGUUGGCUACUCUUGACCUAUCUGCUCUUUUCUUCCCUGAUCCGUACUUACCUGGAACUGCUAGACUUCAACUUGAGAACCCAAAUUUAUUAACGCUUAUUCAAAACCUCACUGGUCUUAGAAAUCUCUAUCUUGAUGGCAUAAAUAUAUCGGCUCAGGGGAGUGAAUGGUGUCAGGCCAUUUCCUCUUCAUUGCCUAAUCUGCAAGUUUUGAGCAUGUCCAAUUGUUAUCUUUCUGGCCCUAUUGAUUCUUCUCUUUUGAAGCUUCAGUCUCUGUCUGAGAUCCAUCUGGGUUCUAAUGAUCUCUCUGUUCCAGUUCCAGAGUUCUUUGCCAAUUUCACAAAUUUGACAGCCUUGAGACUCAGUUAUGCCAACUUGUACGGAACAUUUCCGGAAAAGAUUUUCCAAGUACCAACCCUGCAGACUCUGGACUUGUCAGAAAACAUAAAGCUUCAGGGUUCUUUGCCGGAGUUUCUACAAAAUGGAUCCCUUCAGAACCUGGUACUUUUCGACACGAAUUUUUCAGGCAGAUUACUGGAUUCUAUUAGUAACCUGAGAAAUCUGUCCAGGAUAGAUCUUUCACACUGCAAUUUCAGUGGAACCAUUCCAAAUUCAAUGGCAAACCUCAGUCAACUUGUUUAUUUGGACUUAUCAUCUAACAACUUUACUGGUUCAAUCCCUUCCUUUCAAAUGUCCAAGAAUCUCACCUACGUAGACCUCUCCCAUAAUGCUCUAACAGGUUCAGUUCCUUCCACUCACUUUGAAGGCCUUUCAAAUCUUGAAAAUAUCCAUUUAGCAUACAAUUCAUUCAGUGGGAGUAUUCCCUCGUCUCUGUUUUCCCUACCAUCAAUGCAGAAAAUUCGGCUUUCUGUUAACCAAUUUGGUGGUCAAGUUGCUGGAUUUCUAAAUGGGUCCUUGUCUCCUUUGAAUACACUAGAUUUGAGUAGUAACAAACUGCAAGGGCCUAUUCCCACAUAUUUCUUUGAUUUUGGAAGGCUUAAUGUCCUCUCACUUUCUUUCAACAACUUCAGUGGCACCAUACAGCUUGAAUGGAUUCAAAGCCUGGAAAAUCUUGUGAGACUCGACCUUUCAUACAACAGGUUGAUAGUCAAUGCAAAUGUCAAUAUUUCUAGCUUGUCUUCAUUUCCCCAGCUCAACAUAUUAAGAUUGGCUUCCUGCAAGCUACAAAAAUUUCCUCCACUUGUGAACCAAUCAACAAUUACUCAACUAGAUCUUUCAGACAACCAAAUUUCUGGGGAAAUACCUGAUUGGAUUUGGAACAUUACCAGUGGAUAUUUAGUGUAUCUGAAUCUUUCUUGUAAUCUCCUAGUGGGAAUGCUGAGACAAUAUAAUUUUACUAGUCUUAGUGUCAUUGACCUACACUCCAAUCAGCUCCAUGGCGAAAUCCCAAUACCAUCACAAUCAGUUAUGUAUGUGGACUACUCGAGCAAUAAUUUCUCCUCUUCUAUCCCGGCUGAAAUUGGAAACAGCCUGACCCUUGCUCUUUUCUUCUCUCUUUCAAAUAAUAACCUCACUGGUGUCAUCCCUCUAUCGAUAUGCAACUCAACCAACCUUCAAGUUCUUGAUUUGUCCAGCAAUAGAUUAAGUGGCACUAUACCGCAAUGUUUGAUUGAAAGUUGUUCUGUGACUCUUGAGGUACUAAAUUUGCGCAAUAAUAUUCUUAUUGGUAAUAUUUCGGGGACAUUCCCGGAAAUUUGUGCUUUAAAGACACUGAACUUUAAUGGGAAUCAGUUGGACGGACAGAUUCCACAAUCUCUGGCCAAUUGUACAAAUUUGGAGGUUCUAAAUCUUGGUUACAAUACCAUAAGUGAUAAAUUCCCUUGCUUCUUGAAGAACUCAUCCCAUUUGCGCGUACUGAAUUUGCGAUCCAACAGGUUCCAAGGAGGCAUUCAAUGUGGAGGGGACCAGUUUAAUAGUUGGCCAAGGCUUCAAAUUAUUGACCUAGCUUUGAACUACUUCACUGGACCUCUGCCGAAAAAUAGCUUCUUACAUUGGAAGGCAAUGAUGGUUGAUGAGGGUAAUGGACAAUCAAAACUCGAUCACCUGCGUUAUGAGUUCCUAUACCUUGAUCACUUCUACUAUCAAGAUACAGUGACAGUUACCAUGAAAGGGCAACAGUGGGAGCUUGUGAAGAUCUUAGCUAUAUUUAAAUCUAUUGAUUUCUCAAGCAAUAAUUUUGAAGGAGAGAUACCCGAUAUAGUUGGGGGUCUGAAAUACCUCUAUGUUCUCAACCUGUCAUACAAUGCCCUCACUGGUGAUAUUCCAUUAUCACUUGGAAAUUUGACACAGCUUGGAUCAUUAGACCUCUCAUGUAACAAGCUAAGUGGAAGCAUCCCAGAGCAACUUGCAAGUCUUUCAUUUCUUUCAUUCCUGAACCUAUCAUAUAAUCACCUCGUUGGAAGGAUCCCAAUAGGCACUCAAAUUCAAACAUUUUCAGAAACUUCCUUUGAAGGAAACAUAGGAUUAUGUGGGCUUCCUUUGAACACUAAUUGCAUUGAUGUUCAAAUGCCAGCAGGAGUCUUGCCAUUAACACCUGAUGAAGAUGGAGAUUUAGAUUUUGAGCCUGGAAUCUAUGUAAGUGUUGCAUUCGGAUUUGUUGUUGGGUUGGGAAGCUUCAUUGGGGCACUUGCUUUAUGUAAAAGGUGGAGGCAAUGGUACUACAAACAUGUUGAUCAAGGUCUUGAGAGGACUUUCCAUCUGGAAGAAAGACGAAGAAGAAGAAAUCGUAGAAAACGAGCUUACAGAGAUCCCAUUCGGAGACUUUAGUUCUGGUGGAUUGUAACAUGGUAAGAACUUUCUUGCAGCCUUCCUCUGCCUUUUGUCUAUCAGGUGCUUAAUUAUUAGUCACAGUAAUAAAAGCAUCAAAUAUAUAUGUUUGUUUAAAAUUUUCACCCAAGUGUUGCAUAUUAUUGAUAUUUGUAUGUUAAUAUUCAAUAGUCUAGAAUAUCAUGUAGCAUUGCCGAAGUAGUGCUCAGAAUUUGUUUGGUAGUUGAGAGAUAAGAGAUGACUUAUCUAGUGUGUUUUGUAAAUCUUAAUUUAUCGGACGUACCA